CGGAACAAUGAGGUCACCCACAUUAAGAUCCAGAACUCAGGGGACUACUACGACCUGUAUGGAGGGGAGAAGUUUGCCACGCUGGCAGAGCUGGUGCAAUACUACACAGAGCAGCACGACCUCCUCAGAGAGAGGAACGGAGACGUCAUCGAGCUCAAGUACCCACUCAACUGUAAGGACCCCACCUCCGAGAGGUACGCACAAACACACACACACACGCAUGCACACACACAGCUGCACACACACAUAAAUGAAAACAACCACAGACACAGCAUUUACAAUAAAAUGCGCGCACACACACACCCUGUUAUAACCUUCACGAACGUAUCUGUGCUGGCAUUUCUGUCUCUCUACACAGUGGGAAGUACAGUGUAUCAGUUUGCAUCUAAUUCCAAGAACAACGUGUGAUCUCUGUAGAGGAUGGUUUCUGUGAUUUCUCCAUGAAACACCCGUUGAGAUCUCUUGCUGGAACCUCCUACACAUUUACAUGUGCAAGCGCUCAUACAGAGAAACACACAGACACACACAAUUUAGAUUUCUUUGUAAACACCAUCACAUGUGCAAACUCACACGGUCAGAAACACACACACACACACUUUUCGAUUUCUUAUGUAAACAAUUACACGUAAAUGGAAGGGUUGGGGUGAUUUCCAUUUCCUCAUUACUUUUUAAUAGUAUUAGUAUUUUCAAACAUAAUAGUCAUAAAUUGUCUACCGAUCUACACUAGGUGGUACCACGGGCACCUCUCUGGGCGCGACGCUGAGAAGCUGCUCACGGACAAGGGCAAGCCUGGCAGUUUCCUGGUACGGGAGAGCCAGAGCAAGCCGGGUGACUUUGUGCUCUCUGUCCUCACCAAUGAGGAGAAACACGAGAACGUAGACCGCAAGACCAAGGUCACCCACGUCAUGAUUCGCUACCAGGUAAGACCAGCUAGGGCCUUCACAUAUACAGUGGGGUCCGAAAUUAUUGACAUCCUUGAUAAAGAUGAGAAAAAAUAACUGUAUGUAAUAAAUAAUUUAAAUACUGAGCUAUAUUGUAUGCUCAAAAAAUACAAUUGCUCAGAGAAAGAUCUUGUUUAACAAGUAAUACUUUUUUUCCCAAAGGUAGAGGUCAAAAUUAUUGACACCCCUGUUUUCAAUACCUUUCAAUAACCUCACAAUACGAGGAUAACGGCACUGAGCCUUUUUCUAUAAUGUUUUAUGAGUUGAAGAACACAUUCUGAGGGAUUUUAGACCAUUCCGCCAUACAAAAUCCUUCCAGAUCCUUGAUAUCCUUCAUCUACACUUAUGGAUUGCCCUCUUCAAUUAAAACCACAGGUGACUGAGAUGGCCAUUACAAAAUAUAUAUAUUUUGUGGCCAAUUAACCAUUUCUUUGUGGAUUUUGAUGUGUGCCUGGGGUUAUUGUCUUGCUGGAAGAUCCACUUGCGGCCAAGCUUCAGCCUCCUGGCAGAGGCAACCAGGUUUUUGGCUAAAAUGUCCUGGUACUGGGUAAAGUUCAUGAAGGCGUUGACCUUAACAAGAGUCCCAGGACCAGUGGAUGGAAAUUGCCCCAUAACAUCAAAGAUCCACCACCAUAUUUUACAGUAGGUAUGGGGUUAUUUUCUGCUCAUGCAUUCGCAUUUCGACACCAAACCCACCACUGGUGUGCGGGACCAAAGAGCUCUAUUUUCAUGUUAUCUGACCAAAGCACCGGUAACCAAUCCAAGUGCCAAUGCCGUUUAACAAACUCCAGGCGUUUACAUUUGUUGGAUGACAUGAAAAAAUUGCUCUUUGGCCACUCACACUAGUGGUGGGUUUGGCGUCGAAAUUAGAAUGCAUGAGCAGAAAAUAACCCCAUACCUACUGUAAAAUAUGGUGGUGGAUCUUAGAUGUUAGGAGAAUUAGGUUAAGGUUAGGAAAAGGGUUAGGGUUAGCAAAAAUGCUCCCGACGCAACUCAAACAUGCAACUUUUGACAUUAGCUGCAUCCCUUCUAGCCAUGACCAGCUAGUAAGGACUAGAAUGCUUGUAGGGCUAGCAGGUAGGCUAGGGGCUAUCCGGCUAGCUGGCAGGGAUAGCAGGCUAGUAGGGAUAGCAGGCUUGUAGGCAAGCUAGCUGUCAGGCUAGUAGGGGCUAGCAGGCUAGAAGGGCUAGCAAACAACAUAAUUUAUGUGUGUUUCCAGCAGGAUGGGAAGUAUGACGUGGGUGGAGGAGAGAGGUUUGACACGCUGGCUGACCUGGUGGAUCACUACAAGAAGAACCCCAUGGUGGAGAAGAGUGGAAUUGUUGUUCACCUCAAACAGGUGAGAGACUGGACCAGUGCAUUCAGACAGCCGCACAUGAAACAAUGUUGGACUUGUAAAGAAAAUGGAAGCCAUGUUGUUUUCAGAACAACAUCUACUCUGAUAAAACCGGAUGUGUUAAGUAUAUUAAUUAAGUGUCAUUCAAAGGAUGGGUAUGCUGCAAAUUCUAUAGCAGUAAUAUAAUUUAAUGUGAAGGGUGGAUCAUAUGAUAAUCCAUGGAGUUAAUGUACUGCUCUUCCCUUUCCCAACGGAAGCCCUUCAAUGCCACCAGGAUAAAUGCAGCCAACAUUGAGAACAGGGUGAAGGAACUAAACAAAGUGGCCGACAACUCAGAGAAGCCCAAACAGGGAUUCUGGGAAGAGUUUGAGGUACGAGAGCGGUGGUAUCGUCAUCACCGCCAGUGUGUUUAAAUGACUGUGGAUUACACAUAUCAUCUCAUAUUCCAAAACAUGGAAGUCAAGAUUAAGAGAAUGUAAAUCCAGUAUGUUCAUGAGGCAUUUCCUGAAGGACAACACACAGCACAUUAUUGUUAACUCUAAGAUGGACACCACUGGUUCCUGUCAUAGUCUGGUUAUGGGCCCUGAUCAAAGGUUGUGCACUAUAUAGUGUGGUCCUCUGUAGCUCAAUUGGUAGAGCAUGGUGCUUGUAACGCCAGGGUAGUGGGUUCGAUCCCCGGGACCACCCAUACGUAAAAAUGUAUGCACACAUGACUGUAAGUCGCUUUGGAUAAAACCGUCUGCUAAAUGGCAUAUUAUAUUAUAUUAUUAUUAUAUAGGAAAUAUGGUGCCAUUUGGGAUACAACCUGGGUCUAAGGGAUUUGUCUCAUUAUAACCUCUUGAUUUUACCCUCAGCCUCCCCUAGGGGCAGUGGAUGGGUACACACUGCAUAGGGCCAGGUGUGUUCAGGCAUGACUAUACAAAAAGUUGUCUAGCAUGAGUUUACAUAAUAAGAUUCAUGAUCUGAUGUACAUCCAAUCCAUAGUGACCCCUACUGUAUAUGUGACCAAACAUACCCAAAGCAGGCCUAAGCCAAACUCAAAUUAUUAUGAUCUAAUUAUAUUUACAUUACAUGUCAGACUGAUGUCCUUAGUGUAAUAGUUAACUCGUGCUUUUUCUGUGGCUCAGAUUCUUCACUCCAAAAUGACUUCCUAGGCUUUGGUCAAAAAUAUUGCACUAGAUUGCCAUUGGGGAAUGCCAUUUCAGAUACUGCCUCUGUCUGACUUUUUUGUAUGUCUUCUUUCUCUCACCUUGUUCUCUUCUCUUCUUUCUUCUCUCUUCUUCCAGGUGCUACAGCAGCAGGAGUGUAAGCUCCUCUACCCUAGGAAAGAAGGGCAGAGAGCAGAGAACAAGAGUAAAAACAGAUACAAGAACAUCCUCCCUUGUGAGUGAGAUAUCGACCUGUACCUCCUGUCUACAAAACCUCCCUGUGCGUGUGUGACCAAAGACCCUAAUCCCUGUCUAUCUGUGUUCCAGUUGACACCACACGGGUGGAGAUCAGGGAAGCAGAUACAGACGUGCCUGGCUCCAACUACAUCAACGCCAACUACAUCAGAGUGAGUUCUGGAAACAGCCUGGAGAUGAAGAACCAAGAAUUGAGUUAUGCACUUCAUAGCUGAGUGGAAUAAUUGCACUUAGGGGCGAAUCCUAACUUCCACUUAAGUAAAUGUUUCCCUUAAUCUCCCAUUGACAUCAAAGCAUGACUAAUGCUGCUUUUUGACUAUAACACCAGUGUUACACUAGUGUAUACACCCUUAUGUUAUACUAGGGAAAUUGUCAGCUAGGGCUGACAGUGAGGACUUGUGAAGAGCAGAAUCAACAACCUCUGCAUAAUCAAACGAGUUGCUUUGUGAGAAGGUGUUAAAGUUGACAGUUAGCCAUUGUUAUGUAAAUGUGAGCUGAAAUGUACCAGGGGCUUGGCAUUGACCCCAAGCGAGAGCAGUUCCGCCGGAGCCAUGGCCCAGUGAGACACGGGUGCCGGCCCGAGUAGAUGGAAACAGAAAAGUGAACAUUUGGCUUGAAUUUGAUUUGCCCCUUACACUUAGUGCCUUCAGAAAGUAUUCAUACCCCUUGACAUAUUCCACAUUUUGUUGUGUUACAGCCUGAAUUCAAGAUUGAUUUAUUUUCUCACCCACAAUACACCAUAAUGACAAAGUGAAAACAGGUUUUUAUAAAUGUCUUCAAAUGUAUUGAAAAUGAAAUACAGAAAUAUCUAAUUUACAUAAGUAUUUGCACCUCUGAGUCAAUACUUUGUAGAACACCUUUGGUGGCGAUGACAGCUUUGAGUCGUCUUGGGUAUGUCUGUAUCAGCUUUGCACAUCUGGAUUUGGGGAUUUACUUCCAUUCUUCCUUACAGAUUUUCUCAAGCUCUGUUAAGUUAGAUGGGGAGCGGCGAACAGCAAUCUUUAAGUCUUUCCACAGAUUUUCAAUGGGAUUCAAGUCUGGGCUUUAGCUGGGCCACUCAAGGACUUUCACAUUCUUGUUCUGAAGCCAUUCCAGCGUUGCUUUGGCUAUAUGCUUGGGGGGGGGGGGGUCAUUGUUCUGUUGUAACGUAAAUCUUCGCCCCAUUCUAAGGUCGUUUGCACUCUGAAGCAGGUUCUCAUCAAGGAUUUGUCUGUAUUUGGCUCUAUUCGUUGUUCCCUCUAUCCUUACCAGUCUCCCAGUCCCUGCUGCUUAAAAGCAUACCCAUAGCAUGACGCUAGCCACCACCAUACUUCACGGUAGGGAUGGUGUUAGACAGGUGAUGCGCUAUGCCUGGUUUUCUCCAGACAUAGCGCUUUGCAUUCAGGCCAAAGAGUUCAAUUUUUGUCUCAUCAGACCACAGAAUAUUUUGCCUUAUGCUCUCAGUCUUUCACAUGCCUUUUUGAAAACUCCAGGCAUGCUGUCAUGUGCCUUUUUCUCAGGAGUGGCUUCCGUCUGGCCACUGUCCAAUAUAGCCCAGAUUGGUGAAGUGCUGUAGAGACUUUUGUCCGUCUGGCAGGUUCUCCCAGAUAAGUUAUAUGUUCAGCCAAAGAACUCUGUAGUUCUGUCAGAGUGGUCAUGUGGUUCAUGGUCACCUCGUGACCAAGGACCUUCUUGCCCUGUUGCUCAGUUUGGUCAGACGGCCAGCACUAGGCAGAGUCUGGGUAGUUCCAAAUGUUUUCCAUUUCCCAAUGAUGGAGACCACUGUGCUCUUGGAAACGUUCAACACACUAGAAAUUGUUUUAUACCCUUCCCCAGAUAUAUGCCUCAACACAAUUCUAUAUCAGCGCUCUACAGACAGUUCUUUGGACUUAUAAUUUCUGAUCUGACUUGCACUGUCAACUGUGGGACCUUAUAUAGAGAAGUGUGUUUCUUUCUAAAUCCUGUCCAAACAAUUGAAUUGGCCACAGGUGGACUCCAAUCAAGUUGUAGCGACAUCUCAAGGAUGAUCAAAUGAAAUUAGAUGCACCUGAGCUCAAUUUGGAGCGGCAUAGCAAAGGGGUGUGAAUACAUAAUGUUGUCAAUAAAUUCAAAAAUGUCAAACAACAAAUUUCCACUUUGUCAUUAUGGGGUAUUGUGUAUAGAUGGGUGAGAGAAAAAAAUCAUUUUGAAUUCAGGCUGUAACACAACAAAAUGUGGAAUAAGUCUAGGGGUAUGACUACUUUCUGAAGGCACUGUAAAUAUUACAGCAAUAUGGCCAUAUUCUAAUGUGCGUAAUAUGAAACAGAUCUGAGCACUGGAAACUCUGGAAGUUCCUCACAAUGUCUCUACUGAUGGACCCAUACAUAUUGUCACAGUCGGGCCCCAAAGUUUUGUCCUGUUCCCAUACUGUAGCCUAUGUGCUGUCAUAGCCAACUCUUCUAUGUUUGGCAUGAAAAUGAACUAACACAGUGAGGAGUUGGCUAAAGCACAAACAGACUGAACCACCACCAGGCUACCAAUGUUCAUAUGUUCCCCACGAAUGAAGACAUGAAAUUAAUGAAGUACUGUAUGUUUCUCUCGUCCAGAGUAUGCAUGAAGAGGGCCGCCACGUGGAGGAGGGCAAGGUGUUCAUCGCCACCCAGGGCUGCCUUCAGAACACCGUGGUCGACUUCUGGAAGAUGGUCUACCAGGAAAAAACACACGUCAUUGUCAUGACCACCAAGGAGAUGGAGAGAGGACGGGUGAGGGCAUAGAAGUAUAAUUACUGGGUCCAAAAUCUGGUCGGGCGAUAACGGUAUCAUCUAUGGAACCACAUACAGUCGUGGUCAAAAGUUUUGAGAAUGACACAAAUACUAAUUUUCACAAAGUCUGCUGCCUCAGUUUUGAUGAUGGCAAUUUGCAUAUACUCCAGAAUGUCAUGAAGAGUGAUCAGAUGAAUUGCAAUUAAUUGCAAAGUCCCUCUUUGCCAUGAAAAUGAACUUAAUCCCCCAAAAACAUUUCCACUGCAUUUCAGCUCUGCCACAAAAGGACCAGCUGCCAUCAUGUCAGUGAUUCUCUCGUUAACACAGGCGAGAGUGUUGAUGAGGACAAGGCUGGAGAUCACUCUGUCAUGCUGAUUGAGUUAGAAUAACAGACUGGAAGCUUUAAAAAGAGGGUGGUGCUUGAAAUCAUUGUUCUUCCUCUGUUAACCAUGGUUACCUGCAAGGAAACACGUGCCGUCAUCAUUGCUUUACACAAAAAGGGCUUCAUAGGCAAGGAUAUUGCUGCUAGUAAGAUUGCACCUAAAUCAACCAUUUAUCGGAUCAUCAAGAACUGAUAUUGUGCAAAAGGUACAGGGAUUGGACUGCUGAGGACUGGGGUAAAGUCAUUUUCUCUGAUGAAUCCCCUUUCAGAUUGUUUGGGGCAUCCGGAAAACACCUAGUCUGGAGAAGACAAGGUGAGCGCUACCUCAGUCCUGUGUCAUGCCAACAGUAAAGCAUCCUGACACCAUUCAUGUGUGAGGUUGCUUCUCAGCCAAGGGAGUGGGCUCACUCACAUAUUUGCCUAAGAACACAGCCAUGAAUAAAGAAUGGUACCAACACAUCCUCCGAGAGCAACUUCUCCCAACCAUCCAAGAACAGUUUGGUGACGACCAAUGCCUUUUCCAGCAUGAUGGAGCAACUUGCCAUAAGGCAAAAGUGAUAACUAAGUGGCUCAGGGAACAAAACAUCGACAUUUUGGGUCCAUGGCCAGGAAACUCCCCAGACCUUAAUCCCAUUGAGAACUUGUGGUCGAUCCUCAAGAGGCGGGUGGACAAACAAAAACCCCACAAAUUCUGACAAACUCCAAGCAUUGAUUAUGCAAGAAUGGGCUGCCAUCAGUCAGGAUGUGGCCCAGAAGUUAAUUGACAGCAUGCCAGGGCGGAUUGCAGAAGUCUUGAAAAAGAAGGGUCAACACUGCAAAUAUUGACUCUUUGCAUAAACUUAAUGUAAUUGUCAAUAAAAGCCUUUGACACUUAUGGAAUGCUUGUAAUUAUACUUCAGUAUACCAUAGUAACAUCUGACAAAAAUAUCUCAUAACACUGAAACAGCCAACUUUGUGAAGACCAAAUACUUGUGUCAUUCUCAAAACUUUUGACCGCGACUGUACAUUCCCCCAUGGUGGGGAUCCCAGUUUGCUCUUUUCACAAAUAAAUUAAAACGUUAGGCAUUCAGAAUUUUUUUAUAAAAGAGGGGAGAGGAAGGGGAUAGGCAUUCCUAUCAAGUCAAUGUAAUACUAUUUCUAUGGAUGAAGGUCUCACGCUGACACCAUCUCUGUUUAGAAGUACAUCAGUGGAUGGGUUGCAUGUAGGGACGGAUAGAUACUUAUCAGAACUGAACUUCAGGAGGCUAGCAAUACAUUGUUUGGCUAACUCCCCCCCCUCCCAUCCAAAACAGCUGGUUGUCAGCCAGUCUCCGGGAUGAGCAGGAUAGUAUGACAGCUAAGCUGCUUGUAAAGCUACUUGUGAAGAAAGCGUGGCCUUCUAGAUUAUCUAAUGCUCCACUUUUCCCUCUUCAGAACAAGUGUGUGCGUUACUGGCCCGACCUCAACGCCACUAAGGAGUUUGGGAAAGUGAGUGUGAAGAACGUGGAGGAGCAUCCGGCUCAGGACUACAUCCUGAGGGAACUGGAGGUGACGCGUUUGGACAGGGUAAGACAGCCCCCUGUAGUGACCACAUAAAUCCAAAUAGGUUCUUUAUAAAAUUGGUCUAGUUUGGUAUGGCACAUUGUCUUUCACCUUAACUAAGUCCACUUGUGAUGGGGGGUUGAUUUCUGGUUGGAUAAAUUAAUGUAUAAUUAACAGGUACCACAGGCCAUUUCUGAGUGACCACCGUAAGAUUUGAGUAAUGCACUAUUUUGCCAAGUUCAACGUGCAAAUCGCCCCUCCACCCAUUUCGCUUCCCUUAAUUGAAUGGGGCUGCCAUGUUUCAUCUCCCAACGCGUUCAAAGGACGGCUGACUGAAAAGACACAUAUGGAUUGACCAUGCCUCCACAGCCAAAGUAUGCUAUGGUUUGCGUGCCCUGCUGAAGGACCCUAGUAUGCGGAAUAGGUGGUUGGAGCCUGCACAAGUAACGUUAGCUUGGUGUGCAACGACCGGUGGUUGUAAGUAUAACUAGAGAUACUGGAAUAUAAUGACCUCUCUGGUAUAACUUAGCUAACGACUUUAGAUAACGUUAUUGCUUGUUAUGUAGCUUGGUAGCUAUCUUGUGAUAAAGCGAUGCAGGCUAGCUAACGUUUUAGAUAACGUUAGAGUAGCUAGCUAGAUAACUAGCUAGUUAAUUACCUCAUUACAACGUAGGUCGUAGCUCAUACAAGUAUAUUGUGUAUUGUCUAAAUACUGCUGGUUAUGUAACGUUAUAUUUUGAUAAUGCUAGCGAGGAAGGCUAGCUAGCUACAUGCUAGCUAAAGUUACAUAGAUAGCUAGCUAGCUAAUGUUAGCCUACAAUCAGAUUUAUAAUUCAGUUCGUAGCAUAUACAAGUGUAUUCUGUAUUGUCUAGGGCAGGGUUUCCCAAACUCGGUCCUCGGGACCCCAAGGGGUGCACUUUUUGGUUUUUGCCAUAGCACUACACAGCUGAUUCAAAUAAUUAGCUUUUUGGUGUUAAUUUAAGGUUAGGCAUAAGGUUAGCAGUGUGAUUAGGUUAAGAUAAAUUGUAGAAAUGGGCGGGGUUUGACUUUGUGGCUGUGGUAACUAGCGACGACCUAGAACUAGAUUGACCCAAGUUACUUCCCUGAUGACACAGAUGGCUUCAUCAACGUGUUAUGUGAAAAGUUGUAUAAAAAAAUACCCAGUUUGAUCAACUAGUAGGUUAAUUACCCAGCCAAGCAGAUACAAGUAGUAGAGUCAUUUUGGUUGUGAAGUGCAUUAUCAAAAAGCGUUGUCCUUUCUUUAUAAUAAAAAUGCUAUUUAUCGCUUGGCUGUCUAUUGUAUCACCCUGUCACAGGCCCUCCCAGUCAACACCACCUCAUAAGAUGAGUAAGUACAUUGUUUAUGAGGAUUGCCUGCUGCAGUUGUUUGAGCGAUUUCCAGUUUGCAGCCGAACAUGCAACAUAGAGAAGACCAGCAAGGGGACCCUCAGCAUCAUGCAGACGUGCCCUCGCUGUGAGCAUUCCUAUAACUGGAAUAGGGCGGACACUUGAAUAAGGUUGGUGAAAACAGUUUCGAGUUUUGUCCCAAUUCACCUUCAUAACCUAGCCUGGGGGAACCAGCCUGAUUCCUGCGUUUACCAUUAUAUUUCACUUCACAUAUCAUGAUAUCUGAAGUGAAAUAAAAAGGUGAAUGCAGCGAUCAGAUUGGUUCUACCAUGCUAAUCAUAACCACCAUUGAUAAUCUAAUCAGUGCUCUGUGUGUUUGUGUGUGACCGACCAGUAUCUUUGAUGAGGGGACAGGAGCUGAUCGACGCUGCUAUGCCCAUCAAUGGGGCGCUGGCAAAGACCUUACCUCCUGCCUCACAUCUUGCCUGCUCGCCAAUGGUCGUCGAUGGAGAGACCAGAAUUAGGUAGGUUUAGUCUGACCUGUUCAAACUUCGAAAUAGUAUGUGUGUUUGUCAUAUAUCACCUAUCCUAACUGCCUUGGUAAUAGAACAGUGACUAUGUGUGUAUGUGUUCACAGAAAUAUGUAUGGAGCCAGCACAUGGAGACUUGCAAGAUGAUGUGAUGAAGUCCAGACUGAUACUGAUGUCUCUAAAUGGGGCCUGGCACUCUGCAUACAUUUUUUACUAGACACAACUUUUACUUGUAUUGUUUUUUUAUUUAUUAUUGGGUUGAAUGUUAUCAGUCAAUAUGGGGAGGGAGAAACCCAAUGUAUUCUGCACCAGGAUCAAUGAACUCCUGUUGUAUACGGGACACCACACAGGGAGGUACUCUGACAUGUUUGCCAAGGUAGCCCCAUUAACACCAGACAAAAUGCAGAUAGGCACAGUAUCUGUAUUGGCUGGGAAUGACAAUAAAAAGUGAAAGGUGCAAAUUGUUAUACUGUAUUAGCAGAACACUGCUUCUAUGGUAUUAUGUAAAGGGUUGUUUAUUCUACAUGGACCUGUUACUACAUUUGAAAGUUAUCAAAACACUUAGUUUAGAAUAUCUACAGAAAGUCAACAAUUGCAUUCUUCUCAUAUUACUCUGUAGGCUACUGACCAAUUCAAAGUUUCCGCCGGCAUCUCCCCAUACAUCUGCCUGUAGUUAUUGAACUCAACCUGCCAGAGGUUUGUUUGUUGUGAUUGAGUGGGGGGAAACGGCUGCGGGCAAGGUUCUGACAAAUGGGUGUGUCAUGGUGGUGGCAAGGACACACUCAAGAAACACACACAUCAAACCACACCCCCAAGCCAACUCACGUUUGGCUUCUGUCAUGGCCGCCAGCAUUUCUUGAGGAGCAAGCCAAAAACCGAGGCCAAAUCAGCAGGUGCAGUUCCCUAUUAAGUAAGAACCUUUUUACUGCAUAGUGUCAUAAGGCCCCGAUUCCGACAUAGGAAAUGUAUGGCUUUUCCUACGCACUUCUCAGUAGUUGGUAUUGAGACUUACCUUAUAGAGGUGUGUAACCAGGUUUGCUGGUGUGGCGCCCUUGCGUACACUGAAUACAUUGAAUUCAACCCCAGAAAAAGCACCCAAUGGGCAGCCUGCGUAUUUGACCAGGGAGUUUUUGUUCAGUUAGUUUUUCUAAAACAGGGAUGGGCAACUUUGAUGGGGAGGGGAUGCCACAACAAAUCUGAACUCAUCAUGAUGGGCUGCUGUGGCAUUGUGGGUCUGUGUACCAACAUACAUAGCAACACAUGCCUUAUGGGGGUCCUAAGCAAAAUGUUGCGAGCAAAACAUUUUAGCGGCCCCCUUAUUGACAGCGGAGAGAAUAAUAAUAACAAAAAAGUUAAUUUCCUGCAAUUAUACACUUUGUCAUGUGGUGUAGAGAAAAUGUUGCAGUUUUAAAGCAAGUUUGCUGCAAUUUUACACAUUUUGCAAUGGGGCAGAGAGAAAAAGUGCAGUUUUACAACUAAUUUCCUGCAAUUCUACACAUUUUACCAUAGGGUAGAGAGAAAUGUUUGCUGUUUCUUAAAUGAUAUCUGAGGUGAUUGAGAAUAACAAAAUAAAUGGGGGCCACCCGGUCGGUAAUUCAACCAUAAUAUGCCAUUUAGCAGACGCUUUUAUCCAAAGCGACUUACAGUCAUGUGUGCAUACAUUUUUGUGUAUGGGUGGUCCCGGGGAUCGAACCCACUACCUUGGCGUUACAAGCGCCGUCAACCAUGAUUACUACAAGUUUAGAUAGCUAGCUAGACUAAUUUACCAAUCUAAAAAUGUUUAGCGGAUAUGGGUGAGUGACUGUCAGAGACUGACAUAACAAGAGAAAAAAAGCUUGUGUAUUCUACUAUUCUAAUUCUCUACAGUAAGUUGAGACUCCGACUGAGUUAAUACAAUACAGUGGGGAAAAAAAUUAUUUAGUCAGCCACCAAUUGUGCAAGUUCUCCCACUUAAAAAGAUGAGAGAGGCCUGUAAUUUUCAUCAUAGGUACACGUCAACUAUGACAGACAAAUUGAGAUUUUGUUUCUCCAGAAAAUCACAUUGUAGGAUUUUUAAUGAAUUUAUUUGCAAAUUAUGGUGGAAAAUAAGUAUUUGGUCACCUACAAACAAGCAAGAUUUCUGGCUCUCACAGACCUGUAACUUCUUCUUUAAGAGGCUCCUCUGUCCUCCACGCAUUACCUGUAUUAAUGGCACCUGUUUGAACUUGUUAUCAGUAUAAAAGACACCUGUCCACAACCUCAAACAGUCACACUCCAAACUCCACUAUGGCCAAGACCAAAGAGCUGUCAAAGGACACCAGAAACAAAAUUGUAGACCUGCACCAGGCUGGGAAGACUGAAUCUGCAAUAGGUAAGCAGCUUGGUUUGAAGAAAUCAACUGUGGGAGCAAUUAUUAGGAAAUGGAAGACAUACAAGACCACUGAUAAUCUCCCUCGAUCUGGGGCUCCACGCAAGAUCUCACCCCGUGGGGUCAAAAUGAUCACAAGAACGGUGAGCAAAAAAUCCCAGAACCACACGGGGGGACCUAGUGAAUGACCUGCAGAGAGCUGGGACCAAAGUAACAAAGCCUACCAUCAGUAACACACUAAGCCGCCAGGGACUCAAAUCCUGCAGUGCCAGACGUGUCCCCCUGCUUAAGCCAGUACAUGUCCAGGCCCGUCUGAAGUUUGCUAGAGUGCAUUUGGAUGAUCCAGAAGAGGAUUGGGAGAAUGUCAUAUGGUCAGAUGAAACCAAAAUAGAACUUUUUGGUAAAAACUCAACUCGUCGUGUUUGGAGGACAAAGAAUGCUGAGUUGCAUCCAAAGAACACCAUACCUACUGUGAAGCAUGGGGGUGGAAACAUCAUGCUUUGGGGCUGUUUUUCUGCAAAGGGACCAGGACGACUGAUCCGUGUAAAGGAAAGAAUGAAUGGGGCCGUGUAUCGUGAGAUUUUGAGUGAAAAACUUCCUUCCAUCAGUAAGGGCAUUGAAGAUGAAACGUGGCUGGGUCUUUCAGCAUGACAAUGAUCCCAAACACACCGCCCGGGCAACGAAGGAGUGGCUUCGUAAGAAGCAUUUCAAGGUCCUGGAGUGGCCUAGCCAGUCUCCAGAUCUCAACCCCAUAGAACAUCUUUGGAGGGAGUUGAAAGUCUGUGUUGCCCAGCGAUAGCCCCAAAACAUCACUGCUCUAGAGGAGAUCUACAUGGAGGAAUGGGCCAAAAUACCAGCAACAGUGUGUGAAAACCUUGUGAAGACUUACAAAAAACAUUUGACCUGUGUCAUUGCCAACAAAGGGUAUAUAACAAAGUAUUGAGAAACUUUUGUUAUUGACCAAAUACUUAUUUUCCACCAUAAUUUGCAAAUAAAUUCAUUAACAAUCCUACAAUGUGAUAUUCUGGAGAAAAAAAAUAGUUGACGUGUACCUAUGAUGAAAAUUACAGGCCUCUCUCAUCUUUUUAAGUGGGAGAACUUGCACAAUUGGUGGCUGACUAAAUACUUUUUUCCCCCACUGUAUGUUGAGCAUUUGUUGGCUGAUUUUCCUUCACUCUGUGGUCCAACUCAUCACAAUUGGGUUGAGGUCAGGUGAUUGUGGAGGCCAGGUCAUCUGAUGCAGCACUCCAUCACUCUCCUUCUUGGUAAGAUAGCACUUACACAGCCUGGAGGUGUGUUGGGUCAUUGUCCUGUUGAAAAACAAAUGACAGUCCCACUAAGCCCAAACCAGAUGGGACGGCGUAUCGCUUCAGAAUGCUGUGGUAGCCAUGCUGGCUAAGUGUGCUUGAAUUCUAAAUAAAUCACAGACCGUGUCACCAGCAAAGCACCCCCACACCAUAACACCUCCUCCCUGCUUUACGGUGGGAAAUACACAUGCGGAGAUCAUCCGUUCACCAACACCGUGUCUCUCAAAGACACAGCGGUUGGAACCAAAAAUCUCCAAUUUGUUUUUUUGUGCAAAAUGAUAAUUUUCUGUCUGAUAAUGGUGUCGUCAAGGAAUAAAAUGGGCUGUUGUGUGGCCCUCAAGGGAAUCCUUAUUUAACCUUUAUUUAACUAGGCAAGUCAGUUAAGAACAAAUUCUUAUUUACAAUGACAGCCUACACCAGCCAACUGUACGCUGCCCUAUGGGACUCCCAAUCACGGCCAGUUGUGAUACAGCCUGGAAUCGAACCAGAGGGUCUGUAGUGACGCCUCAAGCACUGAGAUGCAGUGCCUUAGACCGCUGCGCCACUCAGGAGCCUUUGUGUUAGAAAUGCCAGAGCCGAUUUAUGGUCCCAGUCCGCCCUUCCUACAAAUUGAAGGAAACUAACACUGAAGUGACAGUUAAACAUGUGUGUGGGUAUUACUGAGAGUGGCUACUGAUAGUGGCUAAUAUUAAACAUGAAACUAAUUGAGAAAAGUCUUGGUGUAUAAUUUAACCAUUAAUUACAGUAUAGUGCACAAAUCAACUCGGUCGGUCCGGCGAUACUGUCUUUGCGCAAGGCUUUCCAUAUAGGGUACAGUGGCAUAUUUAGCUUGGGUCUCCAAAUUCCAUUCCCACAAAUUAUGAGGCCAUACAAUUAUAAUUCAGAAUUACAGCACAGCUAUUUAUAGCCAAAAUACCUAUCAUAAUGAUAUCAUUUUCAGCUUGCUUCCACAUGACUGGUUUCACAUUAUUCUCAAGUGAUCAUAAGGAAAAGUAAUCUAAAGCAAUCGCUAUGCUUUCUCAGUAUUUGUGUUUAUCAUCCCCUUCUCCAAACUGAUUACACCUAAUAAUUUACCUGUAAUAGCUCUUAUCAAAUUAUAAAUUAUAGUGCAUGGAUAAUGGUGUCAUUCUUAUCGGAGAAAAUCAUGAGAGGUGUUUUCCCACUUGCAACCGAUAGGUUGCGCAACAUUAUUCAUGGGUUCCUCACGCGUAAAGGUGCUGGAAUUAUCCGGAAAUUAAAUCAAGAUCAGAAUACGCGUAUCUGUAGACACACCUCUGCCACACCUCCAUUUCUGUGAUCUCCAUCCCAAACGUAUACACUACUGGUCAAAUGUUUUAGAACACCUACUCAUUCAAGGGUGUUUCUUAAUUCUUUACUAUUUUCUACAUUGUAGAAUAAUAGUGAAGACAUCAAAACUAUGAAAUAACACAUAUCUUUGCUUAUUUGAGCUGUUCUUGCCAUAAUAUUUUACAUUUUUAAUUUUUUUUGUCAUUUAGCAGACACUCUUAUCCAGAGCGACUUACAGUUAGUGAGUGCAUACAUUUUCAUACUGGCCCCCCAUGGGAAACAAACCCACAACCCUGGUGUUGCAAGCACCAUGCUCUACCAACUGAGCUACAGGAUACUAAUAUGGACUUGGUCUUUUACCAAAUAGGGCUAUCUUCUCUAUACCCCCCCUACCUUGUCACAACACAACUGAUUGGCUCAAAUGCAUUAAGAAGGAAAGAAAUUCCACAAAUUCAUUUUUAAGAAGGCACACCUGUUAAUUGAAAUGGAUUCCAGGUGACUACCUCAUGAAGCUGGUUGAGAGAAUGCCAAGAGUGUGCAAAGCUGUCAUCAAAGCAAAGGGUGGCUAUUUUAAAUAUAAAAUAUAAAAUCUAUUUUGAUUUGUUUAACACUUUUUGGGUUACUACAUCAUUCCAUAUUUGUUAUUUCAUUGUUUUGAUGUCUCCACUAUUAUUCUACAAUGUACCCUUGAAUGAGUAGGUGUUCUAAAACUUUUGACCGGUAGUGUAGCUGGCUGGCACAUGCGCUUCCCGAAGUUCAAGGUCAGAAUACGUGUAGAGAGAAAAGUGCAUAAAAAGAGAAUGUAGUUCCAUUUACGCGUGCAUAACUAUGGUCUGAAUUCCCCCCCAGGUGAACGCCUGCUGAAAUAGGCAUGUAAACUGUAGUGCUACCUAUCUCCAUCUGUAGAGGGAGCUGGUGAGGUAUAUCUGGCACUACCAAUACCUGAGCUGGCCUGACCAUGGAGUGCCCAACGAGCCUGGGGGCGUGCUCAGCUUCCUGGAGCAGGUCAACCGCACGCAGAGCGCAAUUCCAGACACCGGGCCCAUUGUGGUCCACUGCAGGUAAAACAGACAGAGGGCACACAUUGUGACAGAUGGCACGUAUCAGACACAACACCUCUCCAAGCCCUACUGACAUAAAGGAGGUCAUUAAAGGGCCUAAAUGCCUCUCUGUUUGUGAUGACCGUCCUUAUUGGUUAUGUUUGGGAGAACACCGUCAUGUGAUAUGGAAAGAUAAAUAUAUAAUUACGGGUCUAGUAGUCUAGGACUGUAUACAUCAAGAGUACACCAUUAAUCAGUGUUAUACUAUACAUUUAACAGACCAAAAAGUAGGAUGUAUUUUCACAUUUUAGUAUAAAGCUCAGUAUUUCAUAUAGAUUUGUUCAUAUUUGUAAGUGUAACAUAUUAGUAGUGCAGGAAUACUCAGGAGCCAAUGGUCAUAGAGUAUGCCCAAAAUUCUGCUUGUAACUUUAGCGGAAUGGUAGUUUGGGUCUAUGUCUGUUAUGAAAGUGCCACCUAAUUGUAGUAAUAUAGUGCUAUUGUCUCCUUUGACCCCCCCCAGUGCAGGAAUCGGGAGAACAGGCACCAUAAUUGUCAUUGACAUUCUCAUUGACAUCAUCAACAGACAAGGUAAGAGAAUGUCAAACAUUAUGGUUACCAGUCCUAACCAAACGUUACCGCUAUAAAGUCAGUUCUAUCCAAACGCAAUGGCUCUGACAUCAGUCCUGGCCAAACGUUACGGCUCUGACAUCAGUUCUAGGCAAACGUUACGUCUCUGACAUCAGUCCUAUCCCAAUGUAACGGCUCUGACAUCAGUUCAGUCCAAACCUUACAGCUCUGAUAUCAGUCAUAUCCAAAUGUUACAGCUCUGAGAUUGUUUCCUAUCCAAACGUUACGGCUCUGACAUCAGUCCUAUCCAAACGUUACGGCUGUGAGAUCCUGUUUUUUUGGAAGGAUCUGCAUGUAGUGGAGAUUAGGAUUUGGGAGAAAUCUGUGUAACUGUGCUAAAUAUGCUGCCCUUUGACCUUUGUGUGUGUGUUUCAGGAUUAGACUGUGAUAUCGACAUCCCUAAGACCAUCCAGAGGGUCCGUCAGCAGCGGUCAGGCAUGGUGCAGACGGAGGCCCAGUAUAAGUUCAUCUACAUGGCCGUCCAGCAGUACAUUGACACGGCACAGAAGAGACUGGAGGAGGAGCAGGUACCUACCAAACACUCAGUAGUAUAGGAGUAGUGGAAGUAGUUCUGUAAUAUUGUCACUACUGUGGCAGUAGUAGUAUUCUAGCAGUAAACGUGGCCCUUUUAGUCACAGUUACUGUAUAUUAGCAAGGAACAGUAGUAGUUAUUACUAAAGCUACUAGUAACUACUGUACCAACAGCAGUAUUGCAGUACAUAUUCUCUAAAAGGACUGUCUGGAGCCUAGGUAUUGCCUUACAGUUGGAGCCCCAAACAUUUUAUAAUUGCUUGAUUCAAAGGAACAAUCAAGUUGAACCCGAGUUACAGGGAUUACAUUUCUGGGUGUCAACCAGCAAAACAUGUUGGCCAGGUGCGCGUUAUGCUACCCUGUCUCAAUGAUGAACGAACUUAUUUUUCAUGUUAUAAAAACAUGGUUUCUUGUGGCCACUUUGCAGAGGAACAAAACGAAGGAGAGGGAGUACUCCAAUAUCAAAUACCCCCAGAUGACCAACGCCCGGUCAAAACCCAACAUGACAUGUGUGUCACGCUCCUCCUCUGUGUGA